CUAGAGAAGUUUUAUUCAUCCAAUCAAUAAUAAUCAAUUCUCUGUUCUCGUUUGUUAAUCACAAAUUCCAACAAAUAACCCUAACAGUGUCUUUCUUAGCAAGUAAUCUCCGUCGAAAUCAUGAGCAGAGAUUUGUUCCGUAAGAAGUGUAAGAUCGUUCACACAUGCGUCUUGUGGGACGUGGAGGAUUUCCAGGUCCCUGAUGGUCACGAUCCUGAUUGGGUUUAUAAGAAAAUCAAAUCAGCUCUUGAGAAAAAGGGUUAUGAGAGUAUUGUGGAAAUUAGGGCUUAUGAUGAGAAGAAUAAGAUCUGUGAUGCGUUUCUACUAGCCGGAAUCAUGAUUAUACCCAAAGGAGAUAAAUAUGCGAGGGUUAAUAAGAUGAUCAAAGACAUUCUUUUCUGGGCACUGGACAAUCCUGUGGAGGAAUCUGUACAACGAAACGUGAUGGUAAUCUCAAAAAACAUGUCACGAAACAUUGACGAGUUUCUUAGUAUUCUUCAUGGUUUGCAAUCGAGAGGUUACAAAGUUUUCUUGGCAGAGUCUGAUGAUGAUAAUGUCGAAUCAAUAAAGCAACGUGAGUUUGUAAGUUCAGUAUGGCUUUGGAAAAGUCUAUUAGAUGGAGGAAAUCCUAUCAGCAAAAGCAGAAGAAGCUCACAAUCUGUUGACUAUAAGCUGAAGCGGAAGGAGACUAGUACUGCCACUUGUAGCGGGAGCUCAGAAGGUGGUGCACCCAAAGCGAAUGAGAGCGGAGGUGAAGAUACAGAUUCUCGGGACAUGAAAUCGAAAAUCUCCCCAAGCAGAGAGCAGAGCCUGAGGAUCGAGUAAGGACUAGCUUCUAUGCAUAGCAGACGAAAGUCGUAGUUAAUUUGUGGCACUUUUAAAAUUAUCCUUUGUUUUUAACUCUUGAAGUCUUUGUGUUUGUGUAUGAAAAACAUUGACGUUCAUAUUUUUCUGUUAAACUCUUGUGUUGGAUCCAAAUGAUUUGCAGUUUUAACCUCUGCUCGUCCUAAUGCAUAAAUCUCCAGCAAGGAU